AUGACUACCAGUUUAUUCUAUUCUACAUUCUGUCUCCAUGACAAUCCAGCCAACAUAUCUGUUUACCAAAGCGAUGUUGACACGUCACAUACGCUCAUUGCUAGUGAGUUCAACAGCAACAGCUUAUUCCAAGAACAUAUUUCGACGACUCCGCUUCCAAAGUUACGCAUCAUGUCAUCAAUCAAGCCGCUCCAAAUCUCAAAGGAUGCUCUCCGGACGCUCAAGGACACCUAUAAUAUUGGCAACGAAAUAUGGGACUCGACAUCGACAUUCGGAGACAAACCCCUGACUGCAGCUGUAGGUGAAGGAGGAAUUAAAAUCAAAAGUGGCGAGAAUGGUAUUCAAGUGUCGGGGGAAGUUCACAAUUGGACUAUGCGUCAAAUGGCUGUUUUCCACCACCAUGAUCCUAACGACCUUCAAAAUCUCUGGAUCUUCUUUCAUGUUGGUUACAAUACACCCAUGCAGCAAGAGAUCAAGCAAUAUGUCUCGAUUCCCCAGCAGGGGCUACGCUCAGACCAUGCGUGGCAUUUACUUCAUUCUGCUGCUUUCUCUUCUUGUUUGGAUAAUUGGCGAUCCUAUGUGAACAGCCUCGGUUAUGACGUGGAUAAACGUACUGAUCAAUCCCUGGAGUUCAUUUUGAGAAACAUCGAUCAUGUUUUGACUGCCGGGGGUGACCGUGCCACUAACUUGACAGUGAUUCACAACACACGCGACCUUCUAGUGCCUACCUCAUAUAGAUUGAGGGUAAUAUUGGACACUCUUGCAAAAUUAGGUGAUUUGAGCAGUGUUCUGAGUUCACAGCAUGACAGUACAGAUAACGGCUUUCAAAAACUUGUCACAUGUGUGGGAUACCACGAAGACCAUUUAGAGGGAUGUGUUGUUGGGGUAGAAGUGCUGAAGGAGAAGAUCAAGGAUAUCUUAAACAUGUCUACAUUAGGGUUAGAUUUCAGGAUGACUCACGAGAUGCUCGACCUCAACAACCGGAUGGUUGUAUUAAAUGACCGCAUGAUCAAAACCAACAAAGUAGUCACGUUCCUGACCCUUAUUUAUUUACCUGCAAGUCUUAUGUCGUCUAUUUUCGGGAUGAACUUGUUCAAAUUUGACGACGGGACAACUGAGAAAUUCAAAGUAUCUGAUCAAAUCUGGAUCUUCGUUGUUGCUACAAUUGUCUUGGGAUUUCUUACAUAUGUGUCAUGGUAUUUAUGGUCCCACAAAAAGCAGAUAUUCGGGCGUAUCUUUCGCUUUCGGGAGCUCAGGGUAUAUCAGGAGACCAAGGAGACGUCGAGUGAUACUUAA